GGACAGGCCAAGCUUCAGCCACAUGGUAGUAGAAUCACACUCAAGCGUGGGAGCUGACCAAGUUUCUACCCUUUCUCGUGACGGUCCCUUCAACUGGAAGCCGCAUUUACGAUAUUUUAGGACACGAACAACUCAGUGCGACAUUCUGGGAGACUUCGAUAUCCGUUACUAAACUACAAGUUCAGCAAAUAUGUCGCAGCUGCCUUAUGCGGUCGAUGCAGAGACUCCGCUAAACCCAGCGGAGCUUGAGGUGUUGAGGGCGCAGUAUGAGAAGGAAGGCGAUAUGGUUGGUCUCCAGACCAAGUUCAACUACGCAUGGGGUUGCGUAAAAUCAAAUAAACGAGAUGACCAACACCUUGGCGUCAUGCUCCUAUCCGAGAUCUUCAAAACGUCGCCCGAGCGGCGGAGAGAAUGCCUCUACUACCUUGCGCUGGGGAACUUCAAGCUGGGCAACUACGGCGAUGCGAGGAGAUACAACCAGUUGCUAUUGGAGAAGGAGCCGGACAACCUGCAGGCAUCCAACCUGCAGACUCUGAUCAACGACAAGGUUGCGAGGGAAGGCGUAAUGGGUGUGGCCAUCGUCAGUGGUUUGGCUGUGGCGGCUGGGGUUGUUGGCGGCAUUCUCUUGAGGAACCUGGGGAAGAAGCGGUGAGGUGGAUGAGAUGGGUGCGGCUUGGGAUGAGUCGACGUCGGACUCUUUGGUUCUUCAUAUGCAUAUUGGGACAGGCACUGGCUAAAGCAGGAAACAUAUCCUUUUUAUUGAGUAUCACUCCAUCAAACAUGGCGA